UCUUAAAUAUUCAUGAGGGGGCGGGCCGAGCAGGAGUGCCCUUUGUUAACCAGGGAGGGUGCGGCCGCGGGCAUUCUCGCUGCGGGUCUCACCGGGCGCCGUCGGCUUGUCAGAUUCGGGUCGAAAUGUCCUACAUCCCGGGCCAGCCUGUCACCGCCGUAGUGCAAAGAGUUGAAAUUCAUAAGUUGCGUCAAGGUGAGAACUUAAUCCUGGGCUUCAGUAUUGGAGGUGGGAUCGACCAGGACCCUUCUCAGAAUCCCUUCUCGGAAGAUAAAACAGACAAGGGCAUUUAUGUCACACGAGUGUCUGAGGGAGGUCCUGCUGAAAUUGCUGGGCUGCAGAUUGGAGACAAGAUCAUGCAGGUGAACGGCUGGGACAUGACUAUGGUCACUCAUGACCAGGCUCGGAAGCGGCUCACCAAACGUUCGGAGGAGGUAGUGCGCCUGCUGGUGACUCGGCAGUCGCUGCAGAAGGCUGUACAGCAGUCCAUGCUGUCCUAGCAGUCAGCCAGUCUUGACUCGUAUUCACCAACCUUUUUGUACAGUGACAACACAUCCACGCUCUGUCUGUAUCUCCUUCUGGCUUGUGCUGUGUGCUGGGCCCCAGCUCUGAGGGGGUAACAGCUGAUCCCAAAGGUCCAAGACAACCUUCCUUCCUUCUCCUCAACCCCCAGUCUGAGGCCAUUGGAGCAGCUCUUUUGGUUGGGUACUGAGGAUUGGAAGUAAGGCCUGGAGUAGUAACCAGCCCCCCAU